AGUCUGUAGGUUUUAAGGACAGAUCUUGCUAUAGAAGUGUGGUACUGAAUUUCCAUGAAAGCUACUUCUGUAGUGAAACUACACUGAUUGCUGAACCUUUAGCUUUAGAAUGAUUCCAUCCUCCUGUGACACGUUUGUGGCUUUGCCUCCAGCUACAGAGGGACAGCGCAUCGUUUUUGGUAAGAAUUCUGACAGACCUUGUGAUGAGGUCCAGGAGGUAGUCUACUUCCCCGCCAAGGAUUUCAGCCCAGGAGAAAAAGUUGAGUGCACAUACAUAAAGAUUGAGCAAGCUGCACAUACCUAUGCUGUGGUGUUGAGUAGGCCAGCGUGGCUCUGGGGAGCUGAAAUGGGAGCCAAUGAGCACCAGCUUUGCAUCGGAAAUGAGGCUGUCUGGGGGAGACAAAGUGCUGAUGAGGAUGAAGCGUUACUGGGCAUGGAUCUAGUCAGAUUGGCUCUGGAGCGAGCAGACAGUGCAGAGAAGGCUGUGGAUGUGAUAGUGGAGCUGCUGGAGAAAUACGGCCAGGGAGGCAACUGCAUGGAGGAUGAGUGUACCUUUACUUACCAUAACAGCUUUCUCAUCUGUGACCGCAAUGAAGCCUGGGUGCUGGAGACAUCUGGAAAAUACUGGGCUGCAGAGAGAGUAGAGAGUGGCUAUCGGAAUAUUUCUAAUCAGUAUUCCAUCACCACCAAGAUCGACAGGGAGCACCUGGGAAUGAGGGAGUAUGCACAGAAGAAAGGCUGGUGGGACGGCAAGGUGGAGUUCAGUUUUGCUGAGGUUUACUCCUUUAUGAACACAGCACGUAUAGCAGCCGCUGGGGGGCGCUACUGCGAGGGACGCAGGCUGCUUGAAAAGAAUCAAGGUCACAUCACAGCUGAGACAAUGAUGGAAAUUCUCAGAGACAAAGAGAGUGGUAUUAAUAUGGAAGGCACGUUCAUGACAACAGGAAGCAUGGUGUCUGUACUGCCCAAACAUCCAUUCCUGCCUGGUGUUCACUACUUCACUGCAACACCUGAUCCAGAAAGGUCUGUUUUCAAGCCAUUUGUGUUUGUUGCUGAUAUAAAGCAGUUGAAGGAAACAUGUUCUCCUUGUUUUGGAGAAGAUGACCCAGUGAAGAAGAGACCUCGCUUUCAGAGCAAACCUAACCGUAAACACCCACUAUUCGUAAAGCAUGAAGUGGCUGCUGCUAUCAUAGAUAGCACCCGGGAGAGAGGUGAAAAAAUCCAGCAGAAAAUGCGCGAGCUGGAGAAGCAGAAAGUAGCAGAAAUGGAAAAGUACCUGAGUGUAGGUGUGGACGACUCGACUCUGCUGGUUCAUCUGUUCUCAAACACUGUCAAGGAAGAGCUCAGCAUCUACAGCAAAACCUGAAUCAGGUCUACAGAUUGUAUAUAUCAUUAAAAUGUGGGGGUCGGUGGGGGGGAUUAUAUAAAUAUAAUAGGAUAAUAAUGAUGCCUCAGAUGCCUCAAGUCAAGAGUUGACACAUUUGUAGAGGACAUGAACGUCAUGACAGGCUUGAGAUUUCAACAAACUCUGCAACUGGUCUUUGGCUCUAAAUAAAUAAAUAAAUAAAAAUCACAAA